CCUAUCUACUACAGUGAACUUGUAGAACUUUGGACAAUGUGCUGCUCCGGGGAGAGAUGACCGAUGAUAAAUCUCACUUAGACAUGACCAACAACAAACCCAAAGUAGAAGGCCGGAGCGAUGAAGCCGAGGGCCCGGAUGGAGGCUGGGGCUGGGUGCUGGUUGGCGCCCUGUUUGUCAGCACAAGCCUCGUGUUUGGCCUGAUGCGUAGCUUGGGGGUCUUCUUUGUGGAGUUUGUCCAGUACUUUGAGGAGAGCGCUCAGGCCAUCUCCUGGAUCUCAUCCACGGGCCUGGCAGCACAGCAGUUCUUCAGUCCGCUGGGUGCAGCACUAUGUAAUGCAUAUGAUGCCCGGGUGGUGGUGAUGACAGGGGGCAUUCUCGCUGGACUCGGCCUCAUACUUGCCUCGCAAGCCACCUGUCUUGUUCACCUCUACCUCACCAUGGGUCUUAUUUCUGGUUUGGGCUGGGGGCUGAUCUUUACUCCCAUGGUAGCUACAGUCAUGGCUAACUUCACUCGCCGGCGCACCUUGGUGUUGGGACUGGCGUUCUCCAGCAUUGGCCUGUCCUCCUUCGCAUUCAACCCGCUCUUCCAGAUGCUGGUGGAGAUGUACGCCUGGCGAGGGGCCCUUCUAAUUCUGGGGGGUCUCAGCCUGAACAUUGUACCCUGCGGGGCUCUCAUCCUCCCUCAGCGGCACUCUAAAGUCCCAGCAAAGGUGGAUUCAGAGAGCAGGUCAUCGCGUGCUUCAUUGCUGAAUCGAAUCUCCUCCUAUCUGGAGCUGUCGCUGCUCCUCGAGAGGCCUUAUAUUACCUACACGUUGGCCGUCACUCUUCUUAAUGUCGGCUACUUUGUGCCGUAUUUCCACCUUGUGGCCCACAGCCGCCAAGCUGGUUUCUCAGAAUACCAAGCUGCUUUUGUCAUGUCAGCUGCCGGUGCUACAGACAUUUUGGGCCGCGUAGUGUCAGGAUGGUUCUCAGACCUACGUCACUUUCGGCUGAUUCAUUUACUGACCAUGUGGACAACGCUGGCAGGAGUGUUCAUCAUGUUGCUGCCUGUGAGCUCCUUGUCUGGUUCCUACAUUGCACUGAUUGGGACCAGCCUCCUCUACGGCUUCUCCUCCGGGGCGUUGACAUCUCUGGUCUUUGCGGUGGUGCCCAUGAUUGUGGGUGUGGAGCGCAUGAUGGGGGGCCUUGGGCUGCUGCAGCUCAUUGAGAGUGGCGCAGGACUGCUUGGGACACCUAUGUCAGGGUUGCUCAAGGAUAUCACAGGCAACUACAUUGCUUCCUUCAUGGUAGCAGGCAGUUUUGUCAUUCUCGGUACUUUGACCAUGGCCACCCUGCCUCACUACUUUUCCUGCACAGACCCAAUGCCCCCUCAAAGACGUUUACUUGAUGACAAAGAUGGGUGUUUACAUUCAGAGUUGAAACUGUUGAAUAGUGUGUCUUCUGACAAGAAUCACAAAGGUGUUAAUGAUCUGACCGAUGAAGUAACCAAAUAUCCACGCGACUGUGUGGGUUGAUACUCUUCAGUUCAGCCAAUGCAACGAUGGCGCCUACCUGAAGACCCCAUCAUGCUGCUCCAUGUGUUUGUAUUUUACCUCAGAGAUUGAGACCCAAAGAAGCUAACUGAAAACUCUGACUGCAUAAACUUUAAGUUAAAGUAUAAGUUCCUCAAUCUGUUAGUUUAAUGCUUGCACAAUGCUUAGUAAACCCUGAAUCACAUGCAGGUGUGAGGUUGCUUUACAUGCACAGAAGGACGGCAUGCAAAAUAGGAAAUAUGAAAGAGAAUGUGAAUGUGAAUGCAUACUUGACAAGGACAAAAACAAACCACUUACAUUAUUUUUUUUUCUUAGCUCAUGUGGAUGUAAAAUGAAUGUGACUAUGUUGCUGUAAGAAUGGUUACAUUUUGCAUAUACUCUACAUGUAUUAUCCUCAUUUCUAUUAUAUCCAGCUGAUCAGCAUGGCUGGAUUAAUUCACUAUUGACCCGUCUGUCCCUUAUGCUCUGUGCAUUGUGCAUUGUGCAUGUCCAUCCUUACAUAACGGUGAGUACAUAUGACAUUAUUUGUAUAGUACUUUUAUAGUACUCAGUAAACAGCCCCUCUACAAGACAGUCUCAGGUCAUGAAAACAAUUUUUUUUAGUAUUUCUGCUUUUAUUGUGCCUAUUUGUGUAUUCUCCAAAAAAACAAAUGACUGUUGGUCUUUACACUGUGUAAUUUGUGGAUAUAGAUUUAUGAAUUAACCCUCUGAGGACAAAAGACACACCGGACGUGUUCAAAUGAUGUUUGACAAAACUCCUACUCAGAAGUACUAUUCAAUUCAAUUUUAUUUAUAGUAUCAAUUCAUAACAAGAGUUAUCUCAAGACACUAUACAGAUAGACCACACUCCAGAACCAAGGCGACAGCUGCUACCCUGAUUUUGGAGCCUCUCUGAUCCAAGGGAACAUCUCUGAUCCAAGAUCAUGAUACUACAAAAUUUCAUCUGACAUUUAUUUACUAUUUUAUGACCUAAGAUUUUGGUGAACUCAUUUCAAGCAUCAAAACAAUUUGUAUAACACAUAAAUUAGGGUUUGUUUUCACAAGAGAUUUCAGGAAUUUCAAAGCAAACUUCAAUGUGUCAGCUCUAGCCCCAAAUAAUCUCUUCACAUUUCUCUAGAAAAAAAAUGAGGGUGUCACUACUCAGAAAGUUGGGUUUGCUCUGAACAUUUUGAUAUGAAACACAUGGGGAUCAGUUAUAUGCAAAUACCUUAAUAAAGUAAAAUUA